AUGGCAAUGGUUUGCUCAAAAGGUCUGCAGGCCGCUGGCGGUGGCGAUUGGGGAUGUGGAUAUGGUGAUUGGGAGGAUAGGAGUGAGGUUAGGGUGUAUGAGGGCGCAAAACAUGGGUUUGAGGUGAGGACGGAUCCGAAGGAUGAGGGGCAGACGAAGAGUGCGGUGGAGUUGCAGAAGCAGUCGUUGGAGUGGUUUGGGAGGUUUUUGACGGGGAAGGGGGUGCAGAAGUAA